AUGUUCCCCCUGCUGCCCCAAGUGAGCAGCGUGACUGUUCCGGCUGUGGCUGUGGCGCCCGGCAAGGUGCUGGUGUCCAUUCUCCAGUCCGACGUCCCCGAGAUCGCCAAGGAGCUCAAAAAGGCGUUUGGACAGGCCCAAUUUCACAUCAUGGCCGACACAGACCUGUCGACCGACGAGUACAUCCACCUGCUGGACGCCGGCGCCUCGUCUGUGUUUGUGUCUGGAGAGUCCGCUGUUGAUCUGGCUGCCUCCGGCGUGCCUGCUGGCCGUCUGACAGUGAUUGGCUCCAAGCCCGACAACCUGGACGUCGGCGGCGUCUUCCUCAAGGACACCCCCGCUCUGGAGGAUGUGGCGACGCUGGCCUCGACCUUCGCCAAGCAGCUGCUGCCCUCGGGAGGAGCCCCGGUUGUGUACGUCAACGUGGAGGAUCCCAAGGCCGCGGCUGAUCUGGCUGCAACCGGCGCCACUGUGGUGGUGAGCUCCGCUAAGCUGACCACCGAACACCAGGCCGACAAGCUGGACGACAAGUUCCCCAUUGCCGAUCUGCUGUUGGCGUCUCUGUCCACCGACCGACAGGACGGCCUGUACACUACUCUGGUGACCGAUGUGCUCAACCAGUCGCUCGGCCUCGUCUACUCGUCGGCUGAGUCCAUCAAGGAGGCCAUUCGAACCGGCACUGGUGUUUAUCAGUCCCGACGACACGGUCUGUGGUACAAGGGUAAGGAGUCUGGAAACACCCAGAAGCUGAUCCGAAUUGAGACUGACUGCGAUGGAGACUGUCUCAAGUUCAUCGUUGAGCAGACCGGCGCGGGCUUCUGCCACUUCAACACCGAGAGCUGUUUCUCCGCUGCCCAGGGCAUUUCUUGUCUGGAGAAGACCCUUCAGCAGCGGCUGCAAAAUGCCCCCGCAGGUUCGUACACAAAGCGACUUUUUGACGACUCGGAUCUGCUGCGAGCCAAGAUCAUGGAGGAGGCUGAGGAGCUCGUGGAGGCCAAGGACGCCGAGGAGGUGUCUUGGGAGGCUGCCGACCUCAUCUACUUUGCCAUGGUCAAGGUUGUCAAGGAAGGCGUGAGCUGGGCCCAGGUGAUGAACAACCUCGACAGCAAGCAUAUGAAGAUUUCGCGACGAAAGGGCGACGCCAAGCAAAAGUGGGUCGACGCUCUGGGCAUCAAGCGACAGAAGGUGGACGAGAAGCCCAAGGAGGAGAAGAAGGAAGAGAAGAAGGAGGAGAUCAAGGAGGACGGAAAGAUCCAGCUCAACCACAUCAAUGCUGAUACCGCCUCCAAGGCCGAGAUUGAGACUGUUCUGGCCCGACCUGCUCAGAAGACCUCUGAUAUCAUGAAGCUUGUGCUUCCCAUUGUUGAGGGAGUCAAGACUGGAGGCGACAAGAAGCUGCUGGAGCUGACCGAGAAGUUUGACGGUGUCAAGCUCGAGUCUCCUAUUCUCACUGCUCCUUUCUCCGAGGACCUGAUGAAGAUUUCCGAUGAUGUUAAGGCUUCCAUUGACAUGUCCAUUGCGAACGUCAAGAAGUUCCACGCUGCCCAGCUUGACACCACCGAGCUUGUGGUUGAGACCCAGCCCGGUGUGGUCUGCAAGCGAUUUUCUCGACCCAUUGAGAGUGUCGGUCUGUACAUUCCUGGUGGAACUGCAGUUCUUCCUUCCACCUCUCUGCAUCUCGGUGUCCCUGCCAUGGUUGCUGGAUGCAAGAAUAUUGUUCUGGCCUCCCCUCCCCGAAAAGACGGCACUCUUUCCCCCGAGGUUGUCUACGUUGCUCACCAGAUUGGCGCCAAGGCCGUUGUUCUUGCUGGAGGCGCCCAGGCCGUCGCUGCUAUGGCUUACGGAACCGAGUCCGUGCCCAAGGUUGACAAGAUCAUGGGUCCUGGAAACCAGUUUGUCACCGCCGCCAAGAUGUACGUGUCCAACGACACCACUGCCAAGGUGGCUAUCGACAUGCCCGCCGGCCCCUCUGAGGUGCUUGUGAUCUGCGACAAGCACGCCAACCCUGCCUUUGUUGCCUCCGAUCUGCUUUCUCAGGCCGAGCACGGCGUUGAUUCCCAGGUCAUUCUGCUGGCUGUGGACUGCGACCAGAAGCACCUUGAUGCCAUUGAUGAGGAGCUGCAUGCUCAGGCUCUUGCUCUUCCUCGAGUCGACAUUAUCCGAAAGUGUAUUGCCCACUCUUCUGCUCUUAGCGUCAAGACCAUGGACGAGGCCUUCAAGCUGUCCAACCAGUACGCCCCCGAGCAUCUGAUUCUGCAGAUUGAGGAUGCCGACAAGUACGUGCCUCUGGUGGACCACGCUGGUUCCAUUUUCGUCGGAGCUUACUCUCCCGAGUCUUGUGGAGACUACUCUUCCGGAACCAACCACACUCUGCCCACCUACGGAUACGCCCGAAUGUACUCUGGCGUGAACACCGGCACCUUCACCAAGCACAUUACGUCGCAGCAGCUGACCCGGGAGGGUCUGGAGAUCAUUGGUCCCGCCGUUAUGACACUUGCUGCCACCGAGGGUCUGGACGCCCACCGAAUGGCCGUCAAGGUCCGACUCGACGCCAUGAAGAAGGAAUAA